UUAAAAGUUAAAUUAUAGUGUCAGAAUUGCUAAUUUUGUAGAAUGGGGGUUUAGAGUAGUGACUGCUGUACCGUGGGGAGGUAGUUAGAUGCAUUCACAAGUAUUUCCAGCAAGGAAAUUAAAAAAUUUUCAAGCUUGUGUUAGUGCAUUAACAAAGAAAAAGGUAUCAAAAGCAGCAGAAGAUGACGAAUUUGAGCAGUGGCAGAAAUCCCGUCAGCUCACAAAACCCAAAGACCAACUGGAGCUUACGGAUGCUGAGCUUAAAGAAAUUAUUCCAAGAGUACUACAAUCGGUUAACGUCCAACAACCAGAUAAUUUGGUGCAAUAUUCUUUUAAUUUGGGGGAAUUUGUUCCAGCACCGUCUGCUGGAAAUGCGGUACUGGUUUUUAGUCAAAAAGGGACUUUUUUGCAUAAAGAAUCCGAUGAUGCGCGAAAGCAACUUAUUGCACAAGGAAUUGAUCCCUUGGAACUUGGUACGGCGCCGUCUAUUGCCCUCAUGCUAUCGCCAUCUCAAGCACCUAUAAUAGAGGUUGCCCCGAAAGAAAAUGAAAGUGAAGCUGAAGACGAAGAAGAACCCGAAAAGAGCGAUGAGGAAGGAGAAGGAGGCGGAGAAGUUGCGCAAGCUGCGACGGAAGUAGAGGAAGAACAAAAAGCGGAGGCUGGUCCAGUUCCUGGUAAAAAAAUCAUAAACCAGUUUAAUUUCUGUGAACGAGCGGCGUUGACCUACACCAAUCCACGAAUGAAUCGAGAGACUCAAACUAUACCGCCUCCAAAAGGGUCGUAUUCUUCUAACGUACUUCAAUGGAUCAUUUACGAUGCAUAUCAGCACGACUACGAAGAGCAGCAGCUCGAAAAGGAGAGAGAACGAGAGAGACGCGAACAAGGAAAAAUGACAGUGUCUAAGCCGGGAAUGAAAAAAGUGGCCGGAAAGGUGCAAAUUAGCGAAGCGGUUCAAGGGAGAGUAUUCGAAUGUUGGAAAACCUUGGAGCGAAUGCUGAAUCUAAAUACUUUUGAUUAUAUUGCGAAAGAUUAUAGGUACUGGGAAGAUCCUGCAGAUGAAUUCCGAGAAGAAGAAGGAACUUUACUGCCGCUAUGGAAGUUCUCUUACGAAAAAACCAAAAAGAAUACCGUUACUGAUAUGGUAUGGAAUCCUCAUUAUUAUGACCUGUUUGCUGUAUGUUUGGGAUUCUUGGAUUUCAUGAAACCCAUCAAAGGAGGGGCAAUUUGUCUAUUUACAAUAAAAAAUCCUUCAUUCCCUGACUACAUUUGCAUUACGGAGGCUGCAGUAAUGUGUAUCGACAUACAUAAGAAAUAUCCGUAUAUGCUGGUUGUCGGAUUGUACGAUGGCAACGUUAUGGUUUACAACAUCCAAGCGACCUGUAAAGUGCCUGCUUUUCAAAGUAAUUCAGUUACACAGAAACACUCGAACAUAGUCUGGGAGGUAAAAUGGGCCCCGGAUUUACCUGAUGGUGAAAUGAAUUUCUACUCGGUUUCCUCAGACGGCAAAGUAAUUCAUUGGAUUUUGAUGCAAAACGAAUUUGCUGUUACUACAAUUAUCAACCUUUACCUUGAGAAGGAACCAGUGCGUGGACCAGAUGGAACUCUGGUUAAGCGAAAAGCGUGCGCAUCAUGCGUGGCUUUUCAUCCAGAAAAUCCCCUAAUUUACUUAGUGGGAACAGAGGAGGGGUUAAUCUACAAAUGCAGUACUGCUUACAGUACUUCUUAUCUAUUUACUUAUAAUGCACAUCACAUGCCAGUCUAUAGAGUAGACUACAAUAAGUUAAAUUCCGAUAUUUUCGCUUCAUGCAGUGGAGAUUGGAGAAUAAAGAUCUGGGAAGACAACAGACAAGAACCACUGUUUGUUUUCGAUUUGGGGGCGUGCGUAGGAGACGUUAAAUGGGCACCUUAUUCCAGCACAGUUUUCGGCGCGGUAACCUCAAGAGGAAGUGCGUAUGUUUUUGAUUUAAACGUCAAUAAAUAUAAACCAAUUUGCGUACAAGCAAUAGUAUCGAAGAAAAAGUACAAAUUGACAAGAAUCGCGUUUAACAACAAACUACCGGUUAUUAUUUGUGGAGACGAUAAGGGGUGCGUAACAGCGCUUAAAUUGUCACCAAAUCUUCGAGUCCCAUGUAAACCACCGAAGAAACAACAACACUUGGAUCAACACACUCUGCAAAUUAUGAAGCUGGAUAGACUAUUAUCUUUAGUACGGGAACCUACAGUACUGACUGCACCACCAGAUCCCGCUGGAAGCACAGACUCGUGAAGUGACUGAUACUAGGAUAAGGGUCAAUCAUGGGAGUUGUAUUUGGGAUAUCCACUCUGCAAAUCAAAAUGCAUGACGCCUACAAUGUGUAUUCAUAGACCGGCUAAAUCACCUGUAUUAAAAAGAGAAAUAGAGUUUUUACAUUUA